AUGGCAAGUGUUGCUGCUUGGCUUCCGUUUGCAAGAGCAGCUGCUAUCGGAUGGGUACCAUUAGCGAAAAAUCCAUUACCACCACCACCGUUUCGUGUUCCACAAACGUCAUCCUCACCAUCAACAUCAACCACAUCAAACGGAUUAAGCCCAAACGAAAAAAGGUGUGAUGACAAAAUAAUAAUUAAUGUAAGCGGUACACGUUUUGAAUGUUGGCGUUCGACAUUAGAGAAAUAUCCCGAUUCAUUAUUAGGCUCAAAUGAAAAAGAAUUUUUUUAUGAUGAAGAUACCAAAGAAUAUUUUUUCGAUCGAGAUCCUGACGUUUUUCGAAUUAUACUAAACUUUUAUCGAACUGGCAAGCUACACUAUGCUAAACACGAAUGUAUAGCGGCUUAUGACGAAGAGCUCGCUUUUUUCGGAAUACUACCGGAUAUUAUCGGUGAUUGUUGUUAUGAAGAUUAUCGUGAUCGUAAGCGAGAAAACCAAGAACGUCUCAUUGAUGAUCGUUUACAUGAAGAUGAAGACAAAGCUCAGCCACAGCCAAAGUCAGUUCGCGAAUCGAUGUGGCGAGCAUUCGAAAACCCAAAUACAUCGACAAUGGCAUCCGUUUUCUAUUAUGUAACAGGAGUUUUUAUUGCCGUUUCGGUAAUCGCAAAUGUUUUCGAUACGGUUGCUUGUGGACCAAAUCCUGAGACUGGUUAUAUUUGGUCAUGCGGUGAACGAUUUUCACAACAAUUUUUUUGUCUCGAUACUGCCUGUGUUAUGAUAUUUACGGUAGAAUAUUUUCUUCGACUGUACGCAGCACCCGAUCGUUUGAAAUUUGUUCGAAGUGUAAUGAGUGUCAUCGACGUUGUCGCCAUUAUGCCAUAUUAUAUCGGUUUAUUUAUGUCACAUAAAGGUGAAGUGAGCGGCGCAUUUGUGACGUUGCGUGUAUUUCGUGUAUUUAGGAUAUUUAAAUUUUCUCGGCAUAGUCAAGGAUUACGUGUUCUCGGUUAUACGCUAAAAAGUUGUGCGAGCGAACUCGGUUUUCUCUUAUUUUCGUUAACAAUGGCUAUUAUUAUUUUUGCUACUGUUAUGUACUAUGCAGAAAAAAGCGUGGUAUAUACAAAAUUUACAAGUAUACCAGCAGCAUUUUGGUACACCAUUGUUACAAUGACAACACUUGGAUACGGUGACAUGGUUCCAAAAACAUGGACAGGGAAAAUUGUAGGUGGUGUGUGCUCAUUGAGUGGCGUACUUGUCAUAGCAUUACCAGUUCCAGUCAUCGUGUCAAAUUUUAGUCGUAUUUAUCACCAAAGUCAACGAGCGGAUAAAAUGAAAGCGCAGAGGAAAGCUCGUCAAACACGAAUUCGUUUAGCUCGUAAUGCGACUAGUAAUGCAUUUGUAGCAGCAAAACGUCGUCGUGAACAAUAUCUACUUGAUGAUAACCACGAUCGAACAACAUUGUCAAAUCCAUUUGAACUGCAACAUCAUCAUUUAUUACACUGUCUAGAAUUAACAACUGAUCGUGAAUUCGUUGAAAUGGGUCCAGAUAAUAUUAUGAGUGGUACUGGUGGUGGCGGUGCUGGUGGUGGCUCUUUAUCACAUGAUCGUUCCGGUGCUCAAACCAAUAACAAUAAUAAUAGUGACGAUGACGAGGACGAUGAGAAUAGAGAACAGAAUGAUUUACAAAUGCCCUUGUCGGCAACUCCUUUAACUACAAUUAAUGUCAUUCCUAUGAAAGAAAACCAACAAAAUUCUAGUUCGCAACUUAAUCGAUUAGAUUUGUGUACUCAACAACAGCAAAAUUUAAACCGAAAAGCUAAUAGUCUUAUUACCGUAACUCAAGAAGGUGUUUAUGGCAGUGAUGGUCCAGCUCGUUCGACUUCACCAAUGCACACAUUUCUGACACAUAGUCUUAGCGAAUCAUUUCGUCUAAGAUCACCGUCAAAUACAAGCGAUAAUACACAUAUAGCAAGUUCAGAAUAUCCCGAAUAUCCGGUAUGUAAACCAAAGAUAUUACUUUAUGAUUUUUUAAAAGUUGUUUUUGUUCUUUUUGUAGAUGUAACAUCGUUUGAAACAUGUGUUGAAUGUAUAGUUCAAGAUUAUUCAGAAUUCGUGGUGCACAUAACACCAAUAUCAAAACUAAUUUCAAGGCAUAAAUAA